AUGGGAGCAAACAGGACGACGAAGCUUCCAGGACAGCUAAUCUGCUCAACCUGCCAUACUGUCUUCGUCACAAAAGUCUCUGACGAGAGUGAGACAUAUCAUGGCCAGCCAGACUCCCCUCUUACAAAAGCUGCCAUAUAUGACGCUCGAGACCUGCAAAAACUGCCCGAUCCCUACACAAAAUCACCAAGCCUGCGAUCCUGGGCAACUUUUAGAGAUAGUAAAUCCACAGACGAAGCUACUUCGUCAGAGACUCUUAAAACCCCCGAUACGUCUCGAAUGCAGGUCGACCCAAAUUCUGUAGGGUUCCCGACAUCAAGUCAUCGAGCUGUACGCCGUGACAGCGUUGUGUCUGCCGCUGAGAUCGAAAGUCUCUCAAAGUCAAAAGACCCUCGAAGAGACUCUGAUACCACCCUAUUCCCCUCCUUCCCAUAUACUCUCAAAAAGCCCAACCCAAGAACAAAAAGCACGCCGAGAGGCAAAGCUCAAAAUGCAGGUGCUGCUGCAUCUAAGGUCAGUUCCACUCGGCCUUUAAAAGGUAAAGAUCACAGCACACAUACCGGUUUGAAACUCGCAAAGAUGUAUCGAACUUUGAGAGGAAUGCACAACUCAAAAUCUCUAGGAGAAGGCAAGGCAGUGUUGGAAGGUAUCAAGGUGUGUUGUAAGGAGAAGCAAGAGUACAUGCUAAAACAACAGUCCCUAGAGCACAAGUUCAUUAACCCUCGAACGCCUCCAUGUCCGCCUGCCAGGGCGACGGCAGCACGUCCAGCGAUACGACGUUCACCAAAGACAGCUCGUAGAAGGUCUGGAGAUGUCGGUCAGAUACCAUUGAGAAAGGAUUUGCGGAAAGAUUCUGUUAUAAGCGACGGACAGAUCUCGCUGGCAUCCCGGGAAGUACCCAUUGGUAUUGACAUCGAGCACAUCGCUCUUAACCUUAACAAACCACUUCCACCACUCCCACGACCCCAUCCCUCCCCCAGAUCAAAACACCACCAAACCACCAAACCUACACACAAAAACCCAUCACAAACCGCCAAUCCAACCACCCUCCACCCCCCGCAACAGCCCAGAACCCAACCCCACAAACACCCACAACCAGAAAAACACACAAACACCACACGGCAAUGGAACACAAUCAUCACCGCCAACCCCCUGAAUACCCAAACCAACGCCCACUCAACCCUCAAAGCGAAAAUCUCCCACCCAGGCCCCCUAAUGGCAACAAACAACGGCCAAACAGUAAACAUAGCCAUUGAAUGCGGCGGCGCUGGCGGUCCUGCUGCCGCUGUCUCCCUACCAUUUCAUUCUAGUGGCACGAUAUUGCCUUCACACACUCAGACUCAGAAACAUAACCAACACCCACCGCUACGUCGCGAGCGCCGGAAAUGGCAGCACGCGGCGGCUUCGUCGAAGCACUGGCGUGAUAGGCUGGUUAGUUCAACUGGGCGGCCGUUGACGGGGGGUCGCAGACCGGACUCGGAUGUGAGUUUUUCGUGUCGGGGGGUGGAGGGGGGUGCUUCGGAUGCGUUUCCACGGCGGGGGGAUGGGGGGAUUGACGUACGGGAUUCUGGGCCUCAGACUCGCGAGAGGCGUGGGGUUGGUGGAGAUGGUGGGGGGAUAGGGGUUAGAGCGGGGAGGCGAGAUGAGAGGAAUACGGAGUUUUAUCGGCCUUUUUAUGAUGUGCUGAGGGAGUAUCGCGGAUGA